AUGCCGGGGUUUGCUGAUUCCUUCUGGUCGAGCGACUAUGCUGCAGGACUGGGUGUCCUAUUCACCAAGCUGCAACAAGGCGUCCACGAGAACAGACAAGUCCUGACUAUCGCACGCCUACGUGCCGAGGCAGAGGAGACUUACGGCCAGCGCCUUGGCGAUAUUGCUCCUUCUGCUGACAAAAUUGCCGGUGGCUUCAGUCGUGAUGAUGGAGCUACUGUUCGCAAGGCCUUUGAUGGCAUGCGAACCGAGAUGCAAGAUGCUGCUCGUAACCAUCGUCGCAUCGCUCAAAGCAUUCGCGACCUCGUUGUCAACCCUUUCUCCCGCUGGUGCGAUGCCCACGAGGCUCGCAUCCAAGACUCACAAGAUGAGCUGCAGGUGCGAAUCAAGGCUCAUGACCGUCAAGCCGAAGCUGUCAAGAAGCUCCGAUCCGUGUAUUUCAACAAGUGUCGACUAGUGGAAGAUCUCGAAGAGGAAAACAAACUCGCUUUCCAGGACCCCGAAACCAGCCCCAAAGCCAACCAGAAUAUCCCCGAAAUUAAGGUCCAGCCUCACAAGGAAGAGGAGCCCGAGGAGGAAGAGCUUUAUGAGAUCGGCGACGAUACUUAUCAGCCCGAGCAAGUCAAGAAGAUUCUUUCCCAAAUGCUGUCCAGCAUCAAGAUGGGCGAGACCAAGGUGCCAAUUCUGGGAACAUACCUCAACACUUCUUCCGGUUCCGAUAUUGUCGAAUAUCUGCAGCGCAGCAUGGGCAACAUCAAUGUCGCCUAUGCCGAACGUAUCGGUCAAGAUCUCGUCAACAACGGUUUCCUUCGACUCAUCGGUAACGUGGGCAGCACAUUCGCCAACAGCUCCAAGAUGUUCUACCAAUGGCAAUCCAAGGCUUUUACAAUGGCUGGUGUCCCCGAAAAGAAAUCUAUCAACCGUACUUUCUCACUCGCUUCGACCGGAUCUGAAGGUGGUGCCGACUCUCCCGUCGGAACAGUGAGCGAGUAUCUCGCCAACUGGAAAGUUCUCAACAACGCUCAUCCGAACGAGACCCCUAGCCAGCGCAUGCAACGAGAAGCUCGUGAAGCUGAUGAGAAGUACCGCGAAGGCGUUCGCAAGCUUGACGAGCUGCGAUGUGAGCUUGAGGAAUCAAUCCAUCUCCACCUCAAGUUCCUCGAGCGAUGUGAGCUCGACCGCCUUAAAGCUGUCAAGACAGUCAUCCUCGACUUUUCAGGCACCAUUGGAAACGUCAUUCCUAGCCUACAGUCUACUGUGGACCAGAUGAUGCUCUUCCAAGAGACCAUUCAGCCUGAAAACGAUCUGCGAUAUUUGCUUGAGAACUAUCGCACUGGAAGCUUUGUGCCUAAGGUUGUGGUGUACGAGAAUUACUACAAUAAGGUGGACGAGCAGACGUUUGGUAUCGACCUCGAAGCCCGUGCUAGAGCUGAUAAGAAGCGAGUUCCCAUGAUUGUUACAACUAUCCUGACCUAUUUGGACCACCAUUACCCUGAUCUUGAAGGCGACGAAGCCAGGCGAGGCGUGUGGCUGCUGGAAGUCCCUCUAUCACAGUCACACCGUCUGCGCUCCAAGGUCAAUGAUGGCAAGCCUGUUUCUCCUGAUGUUUUUGAUGAAUUUGAUAUCCCCACGGUUGCUAGUUUGCUCAAGAUCUACCUUCUGGAACUUCCUGAUUCUUUGGUCUCAUCUCAUGUUUAUGAGAUUAUCCGAACUAUCUAUUCCACACCCUCUACUGAUGCUGACGAGUCCUCUCGUAUUGCCGCUCUUCAGUCCACUCUGUCACAGCUCCGCCUUACUAACAUUGCGACACUCGAUGCUUGCAUGAACCACUUCACUCGUCUUAUCGACUUGACCUCUGCCGAUGAAACAUAUGUUUCAUCUCUCGCCUCUGCCUUGGCCCCUUGUAUCCUGCGACCACGAACCGAAACAUCUCUCACCAUGGAAGAGAAGCACGCGUACAGACUGGUCCGAGAUUUGUUCGCUCAUAAGGACGCAAUCUUCAGUGCCCUGAAGCGAAUGUCCAUGGUCAAUCACUCGUCUUCUGUGGGUAGCAACAACCGACCUCGAGCCAUUAGUACCGACGAAAGCAACCGUAAGGCCCUUAUGGAAGAGCGGAAUAGGGCUCUGCUUGAAAAGGCCAACGCAAGCCGAGGCCGUGAUAAGAGCCCUGCCCCAGGCCCCCGCGGUCAUCGCCGAGACCGUAGCACUGGCGGACCGGAGACCCGAUUCCCCAUUGCAAGCCCAACAGCAGCAUCCGCUGUCGACCGACACCGCACCAGUCUCGGAGGAGUCAUCAAGCGACAGAGUCUCGAGGUUCCCGAGCCUGAUAGUACCGCACCAGUCAAUGGUGAGGCAGAGAAGGAGAAGUCUGAUACCGACUCAGAAAAGAGAGAUAGCCGUGACAGCACAGGACGAACACCGACCAAAUUCGUUGGCGGAAAGCGAGUUCCUGUGGUGCCGUCGACUCCUCCUUCUGAUUCAAACCGCGGGGUGCAACUUGAAGAUGCUCCGAUGGAGGACUAG